UAUUUGUUUGUGACGUAAAACGUAUUAACAGACAUUAUUACGCGAUUAUAUUGUAAUUACUAUUUUGUAAUUACUACAAGAUUGCUGCAACAAUCUACAAAUUUUUCAUAUUGAGAAAGCUAAAUGCUGAAAUGUACACCUAUAAAUUGGCAGAAAGAGUCGAAUUAGUGUGAGGUAAAAGUCGCAAACUGCGUUAUUUAAUGUUUUCGAAGGAUCAAAGUAAAAAUGAUAUUGUUCUCAGCAAAAAGCUAUCAUAUCUAUUACGUCAUGGCGCUAUAAAGGAAGGCUUAAAUAUUAAACCAAAUGGCUUUGUUGUAGUUGAUGAGUUAUUGAACAAAUUGCCCCAUUAUACCAUUGAUGAUAUCAAGAGAGUAGUAGAAAAUAAUAAUAAACAGAGAUUUACUCUCAAUAUUGCUAAUGGUGUUAUAGAAAUCAAAGCAAAUCAGGGUCAUUCCAUAUCUAAAAUUAAUGAAUUAAAUCUGAGAAUACUCGACGAUGCAAAAUUUGAUAUAAUUCAUGGGACUUAUUUUAAAUAUUGGACGACGAUAAAAAAUGAAGGUUUAUCGCGUAUGAAAAGAAAUCAUAUUCAUUUUGCCAAGGGAUUAAAUUUUAUUAACGGCUUGCGCCAAAGUGCAGAACUUUUUAUUUAUAUCAAUUUUGAGAAGGCGAAGAAAGAUUUAAUAUUUCUUGAAUCUGAAAAUGGUGUUAUUCUCUGCACUGGAAAUUUAAAAGGUUUUGUGGAAACAAAAUAUUUCCUGAGAGUAAUUACUAAAUAUGGUCAAGCAUUGAGCUUUGAUUAAAAAUAUAAAUCUUUUUGAACUUUUU